GUCAUUAUUCGUUGACGUUUCCUUAGUGUUCUGUGUUUUUGGAGCGUGAGAGAGAGAGAGAGAGAGAGACAGCGCUCCAUGUGCUUACAUUUAUUAACCAAGAACGCAGAAGAUGUCUCGCUUAAUUGUUAAAAAUUUGCCAAAAAAUACUACGGAAGAAAAAAUCCGACAGGUUUUCAUAGAGUUUGGCCAUAUCACAGACGUGCAACUCAAAUACACACCCCAGGGUCAUUUCAGAAGAUUCGGGUUCGUUGGAUACCAAAAUGAAGCAGAAGCCGAUGAAGCUGUAAAAAAGCUGCAUAAAUCGUUCAUAAACACCAGCCGAAUAACUGUCGAAAAGUGUGCACUUUUAGGUGACUUUGAAAAACCAAAAUCUUGGAGCAAAUAUGCGUCAGACAGUACUGCUUUCAAAAAGGCCCAUAAUAUUGCUGAGGAAUCAGACACUAAUUCAAGGAUCUCCAAAAGCAAAGAGAAGGAGAAAAAAACUAAAAUCGAUCCCAAAGUUGAGUUGUUGCAGAAAUACCAAGAUGAUCCCCUGUUUGAAGAAUUUCUUGAAGUCCAUGGUGGCUUUGAAGAUCUAAAAAAACUGAAAGAAAAUUCGUUAGAAGAGAGUCACAAUUCAAUUGUGCAGUCAGAUAAUGCUCAUCAGUCUGAUAUCGAAGACACAGAAAAAUUAUCUUUUAAACCGAUUAGCGACAUGGAGUACAUGAAAUCGCUAAUUAAAGGACAAAACCAACUGCCCGAGGACCAAAGGAAGCCCCGUCAGAAAACUGAAAAAAAAAUUAAGGAAAAAGUUAAACUCUUUACCUUGAAGUUAAAAGAUUUGCCUUACAAAACGAGCAAGAAGGAUAUAAAGGACCUGUUCCGGCCAAACAUUCCUUUCAGCAUUCGCAUCCCGAGACACGUCAACGGUAUCGCCUUCGUUGGCUACAAAACCGAAAAGAACUUUAAAAAGGCCCUCUUAAAACACAAAAGCUUCGUGAAGGGCAAACAGGUAUGCGUAAUGAGGUAUGAGGCCAAGGAUCCGGACCGGGAGGUGUCCACUGAUCCCAAACGGAACCGAUGGAAGAGCCAGGAAGAGGCGCUGAAAAACGAAGAGGAUAUAGGAGAAUCCGGCCGGAUCUUCGUCCGAAAUUUGUCGUACACGACCACCGAGACCGAUAUCGAGCAACUCUUCUCAAAAUAUGGCCCCUUGACCGAGGUCAAUUUGCCGGUCGACUCGGCCACGCGCAAAAUGAAAGGUUUUGGGAUGGUGACGUUUAUGAUGCCCGAGCACGCUGCCAAAGCCUACUCCGAACUCGACGGCUCCGUGUUGCACGGUCGCAUGCUUCACCUGUUGCCCGGCAAGGCGAGAGAUGGCGGCGCGGUUGGCGACGAGGAAACCGAUUUUAAAAAAAGCAAGGCGACCAAGCAGAAAUCGGAAGCUGGCUCCGCCCACAAUUGGAACCCGCUGUUUUUGGGUCACGACGCGGUAGCGGGAGUGAUCGCGGAUACCUACAACACAGCAAAAGAGAAUAUAGUCGGCGAGGACGCGAGAGGGAGCAGCGCUGCCGUCAAGCUGGCCUUGGGAGAGACCAAACUGGUCGCGGAAACUAGAAAGUACUUGGAGAAGUACGGCGUGGUGCUGGACGCAUUCAAUGCGCCGCCGAAAGCGAAUUCGAAGACCGCCAUAUUGGUAAAAAAUCUGCCAUCGAAAACGCAGGUGGCGGAAAUAAGGAAGUUGUUUGAGCGGCACGGCUCACUGGGUAGGGUCAUCUUACCGCCUAGCGGCAUUACAGCCAUCGUCGAAUUCAUCGAGCCGUCGGAGGCUCGAAACGCCUACCGCGCGUUGGCGUAUUCGAGGUUCAAAAACGCGCCCCUCUACCUGCAAUGGGCACCCGAGGACGGACUAUCCGACAGAGUCCUCGAACCUGCAGCGCCGGUAGGGGACGUCGCCGACACGACCGACGUAGCGCCGGUAAAAGAGGAACAAAAUGCCGAAGUCGACGAAGAACCGGAACCGGACACCACGAUUUUCGUGAAAAAUUUAAACUUCGAGACCAGAGAUGACGCCCUGUCGAAGCACUUCUCCGGUUGCGGCAAACUGCAUUACGCCACUGUCGCCACGAAACGUGACAAAAACAACCCGGGCAAAAAACAAUCGAUGGGUUACGGUUUCGUCCGAUUCCUGCUCAAAUCGUCGGCUGAUAAAGCUUUGAAGACUCUCCAGCAGAGCGUUCUCGACGGGAAAUCUCUCGAACUGAAGCGUUCGGAGCGCACUCUAGCGAACGACACGCGACCAUCACGCAAACCGACUAAACUAACAGAACAGACGGGUUCGAAGAUUCUGGUUAGAAACGUGCCGUUCCAGGCGAACCGUAAAGAAUUGUACGAACUAUUCGGGACGUUCGGUGAAAUUAAAGCGCUGCGUUUACCGAAGAAAACGACACCGGGGGCCGCAAACGAGCAUCGGGGUUUCGCGUUCGUCGACUACGCGGCGAAUUCAGACGCAAAAGCGGCGUUCGAAGCGUUGGGAGGCAGCACUCAUUUGUACGGCCGAAGACUGGUGCUGGAAUGGGCGUCCGGCGACCAAGGCGUCGAAGAAAUCAGGAAACGAACUUCCGAACACUUCGGGACGCGCGACGACGUUAAAUCCAAAAAGAGCGUGUUCAGCAUCGACUAAACCGCGAAUCGUUGCGUGUUAUCAAUAAACCGCGUCUGCCAUAAAAACAAAAAAAAAACAAUAACAUUAAAUAAUAAUACAUAAAUAAAUAGAACAUUUAACGAGAUCAAAAAUGCCCCAUCCAAACUAAUUGAUGGUUGGUCUGUCAGCGGUCAGCUGAUGUGAUGUGAAAUACUAAAAGGAUGUCGAACUUCCAUUGUCUUUAUUUUUAACUUACACAACGU